GAGGAACACAAUGAGGUGCUGCCGCCUCUGCAGAUUUGGUAAUUUAGGCGCUUUGGUCUCGUUCUCCUGCAUCCAUCCUCAAGGGGUCCCACGGCCCCUGGUUAGCUUGGGGCCGCCACACGGGGCUUCCCAGUUACUUUCUGGGCUCCGCUUACCCCUCCCCCCGUGCUCCGCAGACGCAGUCCGGGGCCCUUGGCGGCUUAUGCGCGUGGGCCUCGCGCUGAUCCUGGUGGGCCACGUGAACUUGCUGCUGGGGGCCGUGCUGCACGGCACCGUCCUGCGGCACGUAGCUAAUCCCCGCGGUGCCGUCACCCUCGAGUACACCACUGCCAAUGUCAUCUCGGUGGGCUCGGGGCUGCUGAGUGUUUCCUUGGGACUUGUGGCUCUCGUGGCGUCCAGAAAUCUCCUCCGUCCACGACUGCACUGGGUUCUGCUGGCAGUAGCUCUGGUGAACUUGCUCUUGUCCACUGCCUGUUCCCUGGGACUCCUCCUUGCUGUGUCACUCACUGUGGCCAAUGGUGGCCGCCGGCUUAUUGCCGACUGCCAUCCAGGACUGCUGGAUCCUUUACUACCGCUGGACCAGGGCCCUGGACACGCUGACUGCCCCUUUGACCCCACAAGAAUCUAUGAUACAGCCUUGGCUCUCUGGAUUCCUUCUUUGCUCAUGUCUGCAGCCGAGGCUGCUCUAUCUGGUUACUGCUGUACGGCAGCACUCACCCUCCGUGGGGUUGGGCCCUGCAGGAAGGAAGGGCUACAGGGGCAGCUGGAGGAACUGACAGAACUUGAGCAUCCUAAAUGUAAAAGACAGGAAAAUGAGCAACUAUUGGAUCAAAAUCAAGAAAUCCAGGCAUCACAGAAAAGUUGGGUUUAGGAGAGGUGCUGAUCCAGAGGCUCAGUCCACAGUGUUUUCCACUGACCCCUAGGAUGAUAUAAACA